AGUCUGGCUCGGCCUGUGCCGCCGCUUCUGUGGUCUGGCGGGGGCAUGGAGCAGGGUCUCUCCGCUAUCACCCUGUACUGCGCCUCCCCAGCCGGGACCGCACCCGCCGUUGCCCCCCGCGCCAUGGAGCAGGAGCAGCUGCACUCAAAUGGCGAUAGAGGCUUUGAGAAUGUGGAACUGGGGAUCAUAGGAAAAAACAAGAAAAUUCCAAGAAGGGUCAUUCACUUUGCAAGUGGAGAAACCAUGGAAGAAUAUAGCACAGAUGAAGAGGAAGAUCCGGUGCAAGAAAAAAAAGACCUCUUGCCUUCUAUUGAUCCUACUACGCUUACCUGGGGACCCUACUUGUGGUUUCAUAUGCUAAGAGUUGCCACGUCAACCUUAUCAGUGUGUGACUUCCUUGGGGAAAAGAUUGCAUCCGUUUUGGGCAUAAGUACACCAAAAUACCAGUAUGCCAUUGAUGAGUACUACAGGAUGAAGAAGGAGGAGGAAGAGGAGGAGGAAGAAAACAAAAUGUCAGAAGAGGCAGAGAGACGAUAUCAAGAGCAGCAGAGCAAGCCACAAGAUGAGACUACUGUCCAGACAGACCAACCUGAGGCAACAGCAUGUAAUGCAUUUGUGAAUCUCAAUUUUGAAACUGAGGGAGAAGGCCAAUCUGUUGCAGAAAGUAAACAAGACUUAACUACUGUCCCUACUUAAAAUAUAAGGUUCUGCAUAACGCCAAUUUUUUUAAAUUGGCAGCAAAAGUGUGGGAAAAAUCUUGUACUUUUUCAGUGGAAUGUAACUCAUUUAAAAUUCUGGCCAGGAGAGAGCUAAAUAAUGUCUGUUCAGUCCACAACUAUUGAAUAAAGCCUAAGACACUGCCAUUUCUGUUAAAAUAAAAAUUUUAGACAACAAAAAAAAUUAGUUGAGUAUAAAUUAAAUAUGCUAGACCUCAUCUUUUUCUGAACAGUGUAGGUAAAAAUGUCUCUAAUCUUUUCCUUGAACAUCUGGUGCCUGUCUGACACUCGUGGAUUGAAGAUAGUGCUAUUUUAUACUUUUAAAAGCCUAUUUUGUAUUUAUAAAAUCCUUAUUGAAAAUUAGCUCUCUAUAAAUAGAUUGUCUGACUAAUUAGAACUGAUUUCCCAUAGUGGCUUCACAAGGCACCUUAGUGACUUCCAAGUUCACAAUAAUGUCUUUAUUUAUUGUCACCAUUUUAUGUAUUUAUUAUUUAGACACGAGCUUUAACCUAACGGUGUCUGAGUGCCUGUUGAAACAAUUUCCUCUUUUAAAAGGAGGUUGUAAGCUCUAUUUAGAACUUGCUCAGCUAAAGCUACAUCAAUUGUGGAGGUUAGCAGUGCUCAGACAACGAAUUCUGUUGUCUAGCAAAGAACAGUAUGAGCAUCAGCUCUGUGAAGCACAGUCUCACUCCAUUUAUGAGAGACACUUCUCCUAGCCAGUUAAAUAUAUAGUUUCAGUAGGUUCUAAUAAGGUCCUAGGAAGUAAAUUGAAAUCGGAUUCCUGGCCUUGAAUUAAACACUCCAAUUGUCAACAUUUUAAAGACAUAGGGUACCCAUCUAUAGCUAAAAGUGUGCUGUUUGGCUGUUUGGUCUGCUCUAGAGUAUUUAUAUGAUGCUGUAGAGUCUCCAUAGUGUUACCUGAAUGGAAUAUUUGUGUAUAUCAUGCAAAAAUAUUGUAUUUGGUUGCAAGUGAGGAGUUCAGCUUUGCAGCUUUUCCCCCCUGAAGUAUUUAAAAAUGAACUAAAGAAAUACAGGCUAAAUUUCAGUAUUAGAAUCUCUCUUAAGGAAGCAAUUUCUGUUAGCUCUAAAGAACUAAUCAAAAUUACUUAGAUUUUAAAAGAAAUUCCAACUGAAUUCAAUUUAACUGAAAUUAAGACUAAGCCUUCUGCUAAAAUGUUAGUAUCUGUAUUUUUGUAUUGGAAACAAACUAUCUUACCCAGGGGAAGACACUGCUCUUCUGCUCAGAGGCCAUUGUAAACCAGGCCCAAAUAAUGAUUAGAGGAAGAGUUAACUAAAGUAAGAAGCAGCUCGCUCUCCUAACUUGCAAAAGAGAAAUAGUUUAUUUCAGGGCACUCAUACCUGAGCUCUCUAGGUAAGGAAGGAAGGAACUGGAGUAUUCCCCAAGUCUUGCAGUGCAGAAUGUUGGUAGGUAAAUACAA